AUGCUAAUUUUGUACAGUCUUUUUUUUUCUUUUGAAAUUCUCUCUUUCGGACUCAAGGAAGGAACGAACGAGCCGCCAUCUUCUUUUUCUUUCACGGCGUCGCCAUCUUCCUCUCCAUUCACGACGCCGCCAUCUUCCUCGCCUGAAGGUCGUCUGAAGCACACCGGUCUGUCUGAAGGUCGUCGUCGCCUGCUGAAGCUUCUGUGUGAGGCUUCGAUGCCUUAUGUUCAUCAUCCGACUUCUCCUUCAGAUUGUUUCUUAAGUCCCUUUACUUCCAGCGGCUGCUCCAUCUUCUUUAAGGUUAUACCUGGGUAAAUUUAUAAAGUCUCACGGGUGCAAAUCGGACACUUAUUCUUCUGCCCACCGAGUGUUCAAUAAAAUGUCUAAGUGAGGUUUUCAAGUGUUGCAACCAAUUUUGCAUCUCUUUCUUCCCCACACUGUUUCAGAGAAAGGAUUCAUAAACAUCCAUGGCUGGUUUGAUAAUUUGGAUCGGACAGGGACGAUCAUCUCUAAACCUGAUUAUGUGUUCGGUUUUGUCGAAGAUAGAGUUGUUAAGAGGGGAGACUUAUGCUGGUAUAUGUAUAUUGUUAGUUUCCAUGAAGGAUGUUACAAAUUGAAAAGAAGAACAAAUUAUGUAUUACAUAUUUAUUA